AUGGCUAACCUCGGUCCACCUCCGCUGCCUCCUGGUUGGACAGAGCACGUAGGUCCGGGAGGGCAACACUACUAUUACCACGCUGCCAGUCAACAAUCCACCUACAUAAGGCCUCUUCCAUCCUUCUCGCCCUUCCCUACGACACCCGCCAUAGCCGAAGCAGGGAGGAAAAAGAAGGAAAGGCCACUGGUCAAGACUCUUAUCCCCGGAACCGAAUGGCUUAGAGUGAAGACCACUGAGGGUAAUACCUUUUACACCCAUAAGGGGAGAAAGGAAAGCCAUUGGGUGGUACCAGAGGAAAUUCGGGCCGCUGUGGAAGCCCUUGAACGCGCAGAGUUGCAUGGGGCGGAACAAGCACAGUUACAGCAACAAUAUGUAAGUGGUACAGAAGCUGAGCUUCUCCAGCAAGAGCAGCACACGGAAGUGGAACGCAUCAAGGUGGAGUUGGCAGGAACCUUCAAACGGAAACCAGAAGAGCCUACCCCCUUGGAGGAGGUCAUCAUUACCAAGCGUCCUCGGACAGAGGAAGGGAAGGAAUCCGAUGAUGAGGAUGCAGAAGAUGAGGAUGACCCAGAGGAUGAGGAGUGGAGCAAGGAGGGAGCAGUUCAUCUGGUUGCUGAAGCUGCGGAGAAAGAGAUGAUGGAAGCAAGUCCAGCUGUUACGGAGACGGAGGAGAUGGGGGCGAAGAAGGUCAGGGGAAAGCCCCAACUCAACAUACCGGACCGUGUGGACCUCUCAUUGGGCGAGGCAAAGGCGCUUUUUAAAACACUGCUUCGAGAGAAAGAUAUUAACCCGCUCCAUCCCUGGGAUACAUCGCUACCCAUUUUUGUAUCUGACCCACGCUAUGUUCUUCUUCCUUCUGUGUCUGCUCGCCGCGAGGCCUUCGAUGAAUACUGCCGAGAUCGAGCCCGCGAGCUCAGGCAGCAAAACGUUAAGAAAGGGAAAGCGGAAGCCAACCCUAAGGAAGAGUUUGAGAGCUUACUUGCUGAAGAAGUAAAGAGUACUAAAUCUUCCUGGACCGAUUUUCGACGAGCCUGGAAAAAAGAUAGACGUUUCUACGGGUGGGGAAGGGAUGAUCGAGAACGUGAAAAGAGAUUCAAGGAGUUCUUGCGAGAGCUUGGAGAACGGAAACGUGCUGCCGCUGAGAAAGCGGAAGCUGGCUUUUUCUCACUCCUUCGAGAAAGCGGGUUACCUCAACCUGAUUCACUUUGGAAGGACGUAAAACGCGAACUCAGUCACGAUCCGCGAUACGACGCCGUCGGAUCGUCUUCGCUGCGAGAAGAACUCUUCAACACCUUCAUCAAGGCAAGAUUGCCAUCCGUUACGGACAAGAAGUCUGAUACCAAGGACAACGAAGAGGUGUCGAGAGCCGUUAAGACCAACGAAAAAGAAGCUCAGCUCAGAAGGUCGGAGAGGAAGGAACGUGCACUAAAAGAGCGUGAAGAAAAAGUGCGUGCAGACCGUGGCCGUGUGGAGGCAGAGAUAGGGCGUUCGCGUGUCGGUCUGGAUAAAGAGGAGGGUGAACGGGAAUUUUGUACUUUAUUGACCGACGCUAUCCGUGAUCCGCAGCUGACUUGGGAAGCCGCCCUCCCAGAACUUCAAACCGACCCUCGAUUUACUCACUCAACGCUUUCUGCUGACCGGCAAUUGCGUAUAUUUCACUCACAUAUGAGCCAACUUCGUGCAAAACAUCUAAGCAAUCUACAUGCGUUGUUCGAGUCACAUACACCGUCCCUGGCCACCGUUUUCUCUAUGCUCCCUGUCGAGUCGUUGAGCAAGGCAUUGCCGGCUACGAAACUCGGCCUUGAUGUUAUCGACCUUGAGAGGGAGUUUGAGAAGUGGCAAAGGGAAAGGACUCAUGAAGCUCGAAAAGCUUUUGAUGAUAUGCUUUCAGAAAAUGCUUUCGUCGACUUCUGGGGAAGGUUGGGUAAGCUGGGUGGUGAAGGCACCGAUGGGGGCGUAAAGGCCGAUGAUCUCGGUGAAGGAGAAGGCGAGGGUUUUGGCGGGACGGUUGACAUGAAAGCCCUGGCAAAGAACGUUGAUCUGGGCGAGGUAGUGAAAGUUCUGAAGAAUGAUAAACGAUACGUUGUUUUCGAUCACGUUCCCGAGAAACGGGAGAGAUGGAUAAGAGACGCAAGUACCAUCCCUACUAUUAAGCAUAGUUACCAGAGUGACGUCGUCCGUCUGCGGAAGAUUGUUAUCAAUAGUCUCUAUUCCAACAGAGACGUUUUCCUCCGAGAACUCAUCUCUAAUGCCAAUGACGCGCUGGAGAAGCUUCGAAUAGUUUCCCUCACGGAGAAGGGGGUGUGGGAUGGCACAUCACCCUUGAAUGUUACUGUCAAAGCCGAACGUGAUGUAAUUGGAAGGGGAGGGCGCAUUAUCAUAACUGGCAAGUGUGCCGACACUGGUAUCGGCAUGAAUGGGGAAGAACUUGCCACCAAUCUAGGUACUCUGGCCAAAUCAGGAACGUCGGACUUCCUUGCAAGGAUGGAGGGAGAGGAGAGUUCCGCUAAUAGCAAUCUCAUUGGUGCUUUUGGAGUCGGCUUUUACAGCAGUUUCCUUGUCGCAGACAAAGUCACUGUAGCUUCCCUUCCACCAAAGUCCUCCAGUAACCCAAAUCCUGUUCAGAGCGUUUUCAGUUCGACUGCCGACGAGAGUUCCUUCGAAAUAUACUCUGAUCCGCGUGGAAACACUCUUGGACAUGGCACAGAGAUUACUCUAGAGUUGAAGGCGGACGCUUUAGACUAUCUUGCUCCUUCUAAUCUCAUGAAACUUGUCCACCACCACUCUUCCUUUUCGACUGCAUUCCCGAUUUAUAUCUGGAAUGAAGUCGAGGAGGACGUUCCUGUGGAACAAGACAUUGGAGGAGUUGGCGAGGAUGGACCACAAGAUGAGGGGGAGGCUAUCGUUGAGGAUGCCAUGCCAGCGGAUUCAGUGCCCGACACAAAAAAGGUCCUUGUUGGCAGGUGGGAGCACAUAAACUCGCAGCCUCCACUUUGGAUGCGUGAUCCGAAGACUGUAUCGGAUGAAGAAUACCAUCUGUUGUACCAAGCCACGUUCAAGGACUUCCGGAAGCCCCUGGCGUGGAGCCACUUUACUGGUGAUUCGGGCUCUGGCGUUUCGUUCCGCGCUAUUGUUUAUGUCCCUUCCUAUCUUGAUGAGACUUUCUUCUCUAAACCUUUAGAGUCGAGUUCGAGAGAUGUCAAACUAUUGGUUAAACAUGUGUUCAUCACCUCCGACCUUGGUGCAUAUGGUUUGCCCAAAUGGGCCAGCUGGGUCCGCGUUAUUAUUGAUGCGGAAGAUCUUCCGUUGAAUGUUUCUCGCGAGAUGCUACAGUCAAGUGCCUUUCUGAAGCAAAUUAGGGGUAUCAUAAUUCGCCGUCUGAUUCAACUCUUCACGAAAAUAUCGGAAGAGGAUCCCGAGAAAUUUGCUGAGAUUUCCAAGGUGUAUCGUACUGUCCUCAAACUUGGCGCAGCGGAAGACGAGAAAAACCGCGGAAAGAUUGUACCACUUUUGCGCUUCGAUAGCAACCAGCGGAAUGCGACCUCGUUGGAUGAUUACAUCAAGAACAAGAAACAGGGACAAAAACAGAUUUUUUAUCUAGCUGACAUGGGAAAACCCGUAUCCCACCUCGCCGGUAGUGUCUUUGUCGAGAAACUUGAUGCCCGCGGUUACGAAGUACUCCUUCUCAACGAACCAUUGGACGAGAUUUUAGUACAAACGCUUCGCACCUGGAAAGCCUUCAAGUUCCAGGACGUUGCGAAGGCUGGUCUCGACUUCGGAGAUGAUACUGAAGAAGAUAAAGAGGCUAUGGCAGAAUUGCGAGAGAAAUAUGCGCCUCUACUUGAGUGGCUGAAAGUUGAAGCUCAAGAGGUUGUCAGAGACGGCCCUUGCGCAGUCGUUGCAGAUAACAAUGGACUUACGGCCAACAUUCAGAAGUUGAUAAGUGCUACAAGUCGUGGCGGGGAACGUGAAGAUUUGAUGCAGGCAAUGAUGAAAAAGCAGAAGGUUUUGGAAGUCAACCCGCGCUCCCCCCUAAUCGAAGGACUCCUCCGCCGCGUUGAAACAACCGCUGGUGAUGAUGAAGACACGAACCGUGACUUGGAAGAAUUGAGAGAAGUGGCAUCGAUCCUCAUUGACAGUGCCCUUGUCCGCUCUGGUUUUGAGGUCGCGGACUCCAACAAGUUCCUUUCCCGGGUGGAUCGUGUAUUGAGGCGUUCAUUAGGCGUGUCCGAAACUGCGCCCACAGACGACACAACUGAGGUUUUGGAAGAUCAUGGGCAAAAGUUCUUCAGCACGCCAGAAUGGCUCGAAGAACAAGGGGUUGAAAUAGAAGUAGAGGAAAUAGAUGACCAGGAGAACGCUGUCCAUGACGAGUUGUGA